AUGAAACUGAAGGUAGAAUUCUAUCAAAAAGCUGUCACGAAACGUGAUGGCGUCACUCAUAAAACAAAACUACUUAAAAUUUUUGAAAAGCUAUUAAUGGGACAAAUUGAUAAUGUUGAAUUCUUUAUCAAAAGCAUGAAAACAACAACUCAUGUUGCAAUAUCAGGAAAAUAUUUUUCAUGUAGAGCAACUUUAAGAUUUUUCGUUGAUAGAGAAUUGAUGAAUUUGUGA